CCGACUACUGACAUGACCUGUAAAUGGAUGAUGGGAUCAGUAGUGGCACGAGCCAGGGGGUAGGUCACCCGUGUCUGAUCGGUGGGGUCUGUGAGCGCCGCGGCCUUCUCCCCGCUCGCCAAGAACAGCGCCGUACAUUGUAUAGCGGCCGUUAUUGGUAUCUAUGAGGCUGAGCUGCACCUAGGUCAUGUGACCGAUUAGCGAGAUCUAAAAACGUCCAGUUGGAGGAGAGCAGCCUUCCUGCGAUGUUUUGGGGGCAGCACUGUGACUGACGGCUGUGCGAAGACGAUAGCGCCCCCCGGAGCUUCUCCGUACUACCCGCUGCUGAGCCAGAGAUAGAGGGACACCAGCCAUGGAGACCCCCGACGUCCCGGUGGGGAACCUGAUAGACCUAGAUAGUGAACCCCUCAUAGUCGCCCCAGAAUGUCCCCCCCAUCUGGACACAGGCGAGCUCCUGGCGCUAGAGGAGGCGACCCCCGAGAACGGGCAGCGGGGGGAGGAGAGCGAUGCCACAGAGUCCGCCGACAGCGACAAUGAAAUGGCGCCCCCCAACCGCCACAGCUGGAACCACUCCCAGCGCUCCUCCUCCGAGUCCUUCUCAUCCAAUCAGAGCACAGAAUCCGCCCAGGAUGAGCAAAUGGCGGAACAGAAGGAGUUUAUCCGGCGGUACGUCCACAAGGUCUUCACCGGAGGGGAGGACGUGGACCAGGAGGAGAAGGCCCGGUUUGCGGAGCUCUGCAGUACGGAGAGCGGGAAGGGAAGGGAAUGGUUUGCGCGGUUCAUCAGCGCUCAGCGCUGCCACUCCAAGUGUGUCUCGGAGCAGACCUUCUACCGGCUGGUGCAGUCCUUCGCGGUCGUGCUCUUUGAGUGCUAUCAGAUGGACGACUUUGGUCCCGCCAAGAACUUGAUGACCAUGUGCUUCACCUAUUAUUACAUAGGUAAACCGCACGUGUCCCCCACGGACUCGCGGGAGAAGCCGGUGAGCACCGGCAGCAUUGACGGUUAUCUGAAAUCCGCCAACAGCUGGCUGGCCGAGAAGAAGGACAACGUGGAGCGGCUGCUGCGGACCACCUCCGUCACCACAGAGAACAUGAAGGGCUUCUUUGGGGGUCUGGAGAGCAAAUUAAAGGGGCCCCUCUCCAAGAAAAAUGAGCAAAGUGACGAGCCGCCGAGGGAGAAGCCGUCCAUUGACAUUCCCCUGCAAAGUCCAGAUGACAAGAAGGGAGAGAAGAUUUACCUCUACUCACACCUAAAGCAGCAGCCUAUAUGGCACACGCUGCGGUUCUGGAACGCUGCGUUUUUCGAUGCUGUGCAUUGCGAGAGGAGGAAGCGAUCACCCACAACCCGAGAUAAGUGGUAUCACAUGACGCAGGAGGAGCGCGACGACAGCCUGCAGUUUAACGAGAACAUCACGUUCGGACAGCUGGGGACCUUCACACACAACAUGUUGGCCUUCGGACUCAGUAAGAAGUUGUGCAGCGACUUUCUGAAGAAGCAGGCGGUGAUCGGGAAUCUGGAUGAAGAGAAGUUCAAGCAAUUGACGGACUACAUUGAGCGGACGGCGGUGGAGUAGCGGACGGCGGUGGAGUCCAGUAUUGGAGAGAGCGCUGAGAUGAGGCUACCUGCAUGCUUCUCCUACCACUGCCCUAUGACCUCUCCGACCUGUGCCCAUGGGGCGUCCCUGCGCAGGUGGGGGGCGGCAGCGGCAAUAACUGUAGAGUCUUUAUUUUGUCUACUCCAAGUGUUUUAUAGAAGUGUUCAUUGUCCGUGUAGCGGGGGAGGGGAGGACCGCGCCGGUUACAGAGGAGACGGGAGAAUCUCUUUAUUUUUUUACAAGCGUGGCGCUGCCCGUCCCCUCCCCCGCUGGGUGUUGUGGUCCAGUUUGCGGCCGGGCAGCGUUCCCUGGUAUUUCUAGCCUCUAGAGCAGAGUAUAUAUAAUAUAUACAGUAUAUAGAUGUAUAUUUAUUACCUAGGACGUAGAGCGGAUAGAGAAUAUAUAUUUAUUUUUUACACAUGUGGGCGGCUGGAAUGGACCCUGAUCUAAGGGCCACAGCACAGACUCCAGUCAAAUAUUAACCCCUCCCCUCCCGACAGUCAUACGCUAUGGUGGCCACA